AAGCCUUUGGAUCCAAACAACCAUCGUUAUACUUAGAUCACACUUCCCGCCAACCAUCAUGUCUACCUUGACGUUCUGGAAGCCAGGAACUGCUGGACCUGGAAGCACACUUGACAGAGCAACAGAGGAGGAAGGAAAUGUUGUUCAAUCUGCACCUUCGCAUGGUUCCCUUUCUAUACAAGCGCAGCGUGAACGAUUGCCCAUUUGGAAACACCGGCAAAAACUUUUGCAUUGCGUAGAGAAGUAUGGUGUCACAAUCGUCGUCGGUCAAACAGGGUCAGGAAAGACAACUCUAUCUCCUAGAAUCUGGAUGGGCUUCCGAAGAGUUGCAGCAGAAGUCGGUACCCUUCUUGGGGAUGAGGUUGGAUAUACUAUCCGUUUUGAAGAUGUCAGCGACAAAAGACGAACUCGGAUAUGCUACAUGACUGAUGGCAUGCUCUUUCGAGAGACGCUGAUUGACCCUCUCCUCUCGCGCUACAGCGUCAUUAUGAUUGAUGAGGCGCACGAGCGAAGUCUCUACACAGAUCUACUGCUGGGUGUGUUGAAGAAGUCUGUCCAACACUCUUUAAUCUUUGCCUUUGGCUACUUAGCUAAGAUGACGCGAUUCGCAGAAUUAGGCGCAAGCGCCCGUCGCUUCGGCUGAUAGUGUCGUCGGCUACUUUGGAUGCUAGAUCGUUCUUAGAAUACUUCACUUCCGGGACACAUCCAGACGAC